UUCACUCAAUUGGGUCCAAAGAAAACCCAGCAAAGUCUUGCAAGGAAAUUUAUGAGCAAGAAAAAUAUUCACCCAGUGGAGCGUAUUAUUUGAAUAUCACCGGAGUUGCAACUAAAAUCUAUUGCUUCAUGGAGGAAGGUGAAACGUGUCCUGCUGGAUCCACACUUGUCCUCAAAAUUGACGGAACCAAGGACACGUUCAAAUACUCCUCUCCGUUGUGGUCAAAUAAAGAGGCUUAUCAGGAAGAGAAUGGAGACGCUCUUUUGGACUCGAAAGAGACGAAACUCGCCUCGUACUGGACAGUUCCUUUCACCAGGGUUUGUAUAAACAUGCGAAAAGUAGAUUCCUUAAAUACGGAGUCGCUUGUUAUCGAUGAAGCUUCGACUUCGCUUUACGAUAUUCUGGCGGAUGGGAAAUAUCACGGUACGAAAGGGGGGCGAGAUAUUUGGGAAACAAUACUUCCUGGUUCCAGUCUCCCCAGCGGUUGCUUCCGUGAAGGUUUUAAUGCGCAUGGCAAACGAGAUGACUCCGCUGGGGCUCGUAUAGGAGUAAUAGCAAGCAGCGACCAAUCAGAUUGUACUUCGCCUGAUUCGUUUCUUGGUUUUGGCACCGAGGGGGGAGCAUGCGCAAACAACAGGCAAAUUUCUUGUGGAAACGAUUCUGGUGCGUGCAAGAAGGCCACCAACCAACCUAUCCCGGCUUUUGGAUAUAUUUUUGUUCAUUAGAGAUCAAUUACUCUUCAUGUGUAGAUGAUAUAUAUAAUAUUUGUUUAUGGUGCGGUAUAAAUUAGCUCAAAUGUUAGACAUAUUUACAUUUUUUUAAUUUUGACAUUUUAUAUUUUAUAUUUUUUGAAUUUUUUUGUUCCUUCAAUUUUCAGUUGAUAUCGAAUUUAUUUGUAAAAUAGUUGAUUUCUUUUAACUAAAAGUAUGAAUAUAAUUGUUAUUAG